UGGCUUCAGGUUGCUAGUCGAGUGUUACAUCUCGGCGCGCGCGUUUGGAUGGACUGACAGCUUUGCUCACUUUCCCCCCAAAAGACAAAAAAAAAAGAAAAAAGAAAGAAAACAGCAGGCCAAAACUACAGAGACGCCGAAGUUUUUCGAGCCUUUGCGGACCGAGUCGCAGCGGCGAGCGCCAACUCGCGCGAGGCCGACACACGGCGGUCGGGCUUCGGCCUCAGGUGCAUCGCUGAGGCGGGGCGACGGCGAACUCCAGCAGGUGUUGCAGAGGCAUGGACUGCAACUGCGUCAGCGAUCUGCUGCUCCCUCCGGUACCCGCGCUUUGGACGCCAGGGUUCGCCUUCCCGGACUGGGCCUACAAGCCCGAAUCAAGCCCGGGCUCACGGCAGAUCCAGCUGUGGCACUUCAUCCUGGAGCUGCUGCAGAAGGAGGAGUACCUGGGAGUGAUCGCGUGGCAGGGCGACUACGGCGAGUUCGUCAUCAAGGACCCCGACGAGGUGGCCCGACUGUGGGGUAUCAGGAAGUGUAAACCGCACAUGAACUACGACAAACUCAGCCGAGCAUUGAGGUAUUACUACAACAAGCGCAUUUUGCACAAAACCAAAGGCAAGCGCUUCACGUACAAGUUCAACUUCAGCAAGGUGGUACUGGUCAACUACCCCAUCCUGGACAUGGCCAACUCGCCCUUCUUCCUGGCCCAGAACCACUUCAACGGAGGCUCCGGCGCACCCGACUGCACUCCCGAGGCCAUCCAGUCCCUGUUUCCUCGCCUGCCCGACUCGGGCCGAGCAUCGUCCCUGUUUGAUCGGGGCAGCGCAGCGCCGGGGCCCGAGGGAGACAAGCUGCGACUGGACACCUUUCCUUUCCUCGGUUCAGGUGGCCCCUGCUACACCAAACCGCCAUCCCUGCUGGGAGCGUACCCCCGCAGCCCACCCUUCGACUACCCGUGGGGCUUUAACCCCUACCUGCCGGGGGCCUUCUCCCUCAACAACUGCCCCAAACUGCCCCCUGGCUCCCUCUACCCCUCCCAGUUCUACCCCGGCCCUUUGCCCGGUGGCCUCUCUCAGCUGCCCCACCCUUUCUCCAACCUGCUGCCCCCAGGGGAGGCCGGCGGGGGUGGCACCAACAGUGCAGCGGCAGCGGUGUCAGCAGGGGGACGACCCGGGCCUCUGCCCUACCAGGCUGGUCUGUCGCUGGGCCGCGCAGAGCUGGGCAACCCUCUGCUGGGCGGGGAGCGCGCCCGGGCCACGCCCCCCAGCCUGGGCCCCGGGCGCCAGAGCCCCACAGAAAGGCGGGGCGGCAUCAAGCGUGACGCUGAGUCGGACUCGGAUCUGGAGAUCACCGACCUGAGUGACUGCAGCUCAGAUAACGAGCAUGAUUUUGCUGUUGCCAAAGACGCCGCGUCGGGGGGGAAGAAGCCGGGGACGGCGGCGGUCUUGCCCAUGCCGCCCAUUUCCUCCCUGCCGCCGCCCGUGUCCACCCACCCUCUCAAGGGCCUGAUGCCCCUCACGCCGCCACCGCCGCCCUCCAUUUUGCAUGAGCACCACAGGGAGGCAGAGACCCUCAAAAUGAUCCAUAGCUAAUACUUCAGUUUUGAUUGCUCUGCUUUUCUGUCCUUUUGUCCACGUCCUCAACAUCAGACAUUUCCCCAAAAUUUACAGCAUAAAACUUAACUUCCCAGGGCCAUUUGAAUCUUCAAAUCUACAAGAAUGGCCUCGACUUGUUUCCUGUGCUUGAAUCAACGUUCACAAAGACACGGGCAAAUACUGCCCCCUGAUGGUGGAUUCAGUGGGAUGUUGUUCAAAUGACUUUCGUAGUCCUAUGCUUGAAAUGGUUGCUUCUGUUUCUGGUUGUUUUUUUUUUUUGUUUUUUUUGUAUUUUAUUUUGGUACAUUUCUGGCAGUGUGACAACGUUUUGCUUUUGAAUUUAAUCCCAAAAUCUUUUCAUAUCAUAUGUUAUUAGUAUUUGAUAAGUUAUUUGUUUAUUUUGGUCUUGGGUUCUAUUGUGUCUUCAGUUAUUUAAAUUGACUUUGCCCCUAGGUGUGAGUGCGAGUGCGUAAAAAAAAAAACAAAUGUUUAACAACAUUGUAUUAUUUAGGGUUGAUGUUAAUAUCAUGUUCACCACGUUAAUGGAAAACAUUCGUCUUGUAUUUUAUUUCUUAAUAUAUUUCAAUUUGAUUUCACACAAAUUUAUAAUGAUGUCUUUUGGUUUGCCAAAUUAUUUUAUUGGAAGCUGCAUUGAAAAUGUAAAUUUUAUAUUCUUGCACAUUCUGGGGGAGGAACAAAGUAAAGAAAAGCGCAAAUAUUUGAGAUUUGUAUGAAUAUUUGCGAGUGUGUGAGCGUGUGCGUGUGUGUGCAUUUUAAUAUGUUGUAUAUUUAAUGAUGAGCACUUAUGAGGAGAGCUAGCUGUAUCGUGGUGAUUUUAUUCUGUAUUUAAUUCACUAUUUGGUGGGGGGGAUAAGGUUCUAAGCUUAUGUGUAUCUAAAGUUUCAAUAAUUCAUAAGCAGAUGUUUUCAUAUGAUGAGCUUAUUGGGAUGCUUUCUGAGUUUUUAAUUGUGCCCUUUGGUCUUUCUUUUACACCCGAAAUGUCCACCACGUAAAUCCUUCGGGGUGCACAAAAUAUGCCAGGAGACUUAUUUUUGUAUUAGCAUUCAUCCAGUGUAAAGCUGUUUUUUAGUUUUACUUUAAUUUAAUUACAUUCUCUGGAAUUAAAAAAAAAAAACGAGCCACAUUGUACUCUCUAUUGUAAAGUAUCUGAUGUGUCACACAAGCAACUGUAAAUACUGUUUCCUGUGUGUGCGUGUGUGUGUGUGUGCGUGCGUGUGUGCGCGUGUGUGCGUACAAUGCUUUGUUUCUGUAAAAAGGUCACAUGGGGGGAAAAGAUUAAUAUCAUGAGAAGAUGAAAAGCAAUAAACUUAAUUCUUUGGGAGAAU